AUGUCACAGGCUACUACGAGCCUUCCAGCGUCGACGCGGCCGCGGUUGCAAGCCAUCAACCAGGAUUAUACCGACCUGAACGAGCAGAUACACCAGGCCACCCAUAUCAUUGGCCUUCCCGAUGACUGGGAAACACUGACAGGCGACGCGCGCUCAAACACCGCCAAGCGCGUUGUCUGCGCAAGAGCAGACUGGGUUUUGCGGUGGAUUCUCGAAAAGAUGAAAGAUACAGCAGAUGGUGGCGCAGAGUCGCGGGCGAGCGCAAAGGCAUGGAAACUCCUUGAUUGGAUGGUCGAGAUCCUCCCAGUCUCUCGGUGUGCGCCACAUCUGAGAGAUGCAGGUUUCUUGACGAUUCUUGAAAAGGUGCUGGAAGAGAGAUACGGCGCCGAUGCCACAAUCCAGCCAGAGCCAGUACACCAGGGACGCCACCCGCGAGAUGACUCAAGCGAGACAGUACAGGAGGACCCUCAGCCCUCACGCAAACGAAAACGAGGCUCCGGCGCAAGUACGCCUUCCAAGAGAACCGCCAUCGAAUCUGCUGGGUCUCUGGCACUAUUCGACGCUGUGACUACCACGGUUCGGUCCAUACGAGACAAAGGCGAUGGGCAGGCAAAGAGCGAGGUCACGAUCCAGUCGGAGCAUAUGAAGAUGGUCUUGAGAACGGAAAGCGCACAGGCAGCGAGGAUUCUCAAGCAUUGGCUGAACGCAGUCCAGUGGAUACAGUCGUCCAGACAGGGUGCAUCAGGACUCGAUGAUUAUCUGGAUCUCUCGUUGAUCGUGGAGAUCUGGGAGCUGCGUGCUAUCGACAGCAAGGACAACUCUGGUGCUUCCGUAGAACAAUUCUCGACCGAGUGCCUGAUACCGAGCCUGCUUCUCUCGGAAGCACUACACCAACCAAUAACAGAUGGCUCUAGACAGUCUGAUCACAGGGUUACCUUGUCCAUCUUGGAUCGAUUGAUCGUAAAGCAUAUCCUUAUGCCUUCACGAACGGCCUUCUUCAAUGUUUCGACCGACAAAGGCACAAAGCAGCACGAAGGGAGUGCAGAGCUUUUGUCUAGCAGUCUAGAGCCGCUCAGUGCAAAGCUUCUUCAAGCUGCCCAAAUUCAAGACGGCGGCGUGAAAAUGCCGGCCUACUUUACGGCUUUAUUCGCCGCUGCCCCACACUUGCUUCACCUUAUUAUCCGCUCUUCGCCAGCGCGUUCGCCAAAAGCUAGGACCACAGAGAAACCAUGGAUCCAGGCCGCGUUAGUGGCUCUUGCACAGUGUGUAGGGUGCUCGAUGGAGCCCCCAGAAUUUGCAGCUCCCAGGGCUUCCAUUGCUGCGAUUGAGGAAUGUAUCACUAUAUUAGCUUCACACAGCAUCAGCAUAGAAACACAGGUGCUCCGAGAUGUCUUCUGGUUCCAUUCUGGCCUCAAAUAUCCGCUGGACCAGAAGAACAUCGUAAAUUGGCCACUGAUCGCAGCUCUGGUGAAGACCGACGCGUCUAUCUUUCUAGCCGACCCGAAAGCAACGCCUCCAUCACCCGACGGACGACCAAGUGAUCUCGCCGCGUUCUUAUUCGAGCACGUCCCGGCAGCUAAUUUCGAGAACCACAACCUAAAUGAUGACGAUAGCGAUCAUGCGGCAGUCGCUCGCGCAGUUCUAGGUUCAAACGAAGUGUUCUCAAGAGAUGAUGUGGUUCAGAAGAUUGUUGUACCAAUUGUACAUACAUUUUCGCGCAACCGCCAGCUGCUCGGAUUCAUAGAACUGUGGGACGAAGAGUUGCGCAGAACAAUGCCCGCGAGUCGAGAUCCGUUGACCGAAAUGCAACCCCGAAUUUGGGAGGACCGGCACCUGAUUCUAGCCCUGGCCGAAGUAUUUGAGCAGUCUUUGACUCUCACACAAAUAACGACCCUAUUUCAGAAGCAUGCCGAACGAUUGGAGCAAUCCACGACAAAACAUCUAAAGAAGGCUCUGAGCAGCGCUGUGAUCAUUCAAGCAAUGCUUCGUUCCAUCAAAUCGGACCAGAUCAUCGAGGCGUUACGCCCAGCCAUGCUCAUUGUGUGGAAGGUUUAUGACGCGUGGGUUCAAGAUGACGGUCCAAGCCAAUCCCCAGCCCUCGAAUUGGCUUGGUCAUCCCUUUGCUUUUUAUUGGGACAUCUAUGGCCGAUAUAUUUCCAUGAGUCUGCAGUACUUCAGAAAGAACUCAUCCAACCGCUGCUAGAUAGAGCGUCCAAAGACGCUAACUCAGCGCGCAAGGAGGAAAGCAAUCGACGUCUUCCAUCGUCAUGUCGAACGGCCGCUGUCGUCUUCGUUUUCGUCGCCUGCGAUUAUCUGCUUACAGUGCCUGACACAGCAGAGGUCAUCCAAAAGAGGUUGCAGAAGACCUUGAAAGCUAUGGGACACAGCCAAAUAGAACCGCAGGAGCUAUCUACCACCUUGGAAUUGUUCUGCAUAGAAUACGCGCAGCUACUUGCCGCUUUUGAUGCAAAUGCUACCCAGAAAGUGCUGUCUCGACUGCUGGAAACCAUAUCUGAGUUCGACGUGCACUUGGGCGGUCCGCUCAUAGAGACACUCUCAGCCUCUAUAUUCAAACAGGGCAACGCCGUUGUCGAAGCGUCCUUUGUCUCUGUGCUCAUGAACGUCCUCGAUCAAACAGAUGAGAACUUGCGCACGACUUCCAUGGAUGCUCUUCUACAUAUCUCCCCCACAUCUCUUUCGCGGGAGCAAAGAGAGGCUGUACUAGACAAGCUUCUAGGCUUGCUAACAACUGCGCCCACAGCUGCAGCGCCGAUUCUGAAUAUCAUGAUCAACCUCAUGCAGGUUCCGAACGCUACCGCGAAAGUCUCAGCAGACGGUAAAGCACUAUUCGACAUUGCAAAAGCUUUACACGAAGCUGAAUUGGAAUUGCUUCCCACCACCCAGCUGUUGCAGGACCUGGUGCAGAUGACUCUUGGCCACCUCACGCCGAAUAAAGAUCAAGCACAGAAUAAGGUCUUCUUCACGCAAUUCGGAGAUCAGAUUGCCUCUGCGUUGAAGGAAUCCACGACGUGUUCUCCGGCAAGGCUUGCUGUACUUAGCGGAGCAUUGCUUGCGACUCAAGAAUGGGGAUCUUUCCUUCCUCCCAAGCAGUAUCUUGAUUUUCUGAGUAAUGCUAUCAACAAAUGGCCUACCUCACAAAAGACUGUGUUAGGCGCUUACAAUCAAAUACCCCCAUCGGUGCUACGUAAGGAAGACGCACUGUUCGACUCAGCACGAAAGCACCUUCAGCAAUGGAUCGAUGUCCAAUGUCCCACAAAUCCUUUGAUGAACAUUGAGAUGCUCCAGAUCGAUUUGUGGCCUGCCGUCUUUACAGCCAUAGCUAAAUACCAGCUCUAUCAAGGUCUUGGGGGCACGACCUGGCUUCUCGAGCUUGCUUCGAAACUACUCGGAAACCCUUCAAUCCAGCAACGUGACUCACAAUUGCUGCAGUGCAUAAGAGAAACAUUCACACCUCUGGAAACCUCGGAGAAGUUGAACGGCGCUUACCACUGCAUCUUAAUUGCGAAAGAGGGUACACCGCCCCAGAUCGCUUAUCAACUACUUCACUCUGUUGUAGCUGCCAUCAACGAUAACGAAGAAGUCGAAGCCGAUCUCAAGGCGAGAAAGAUGGCUCUGUUACCCCAAAUCUGCUCUCUCUUGAGCGAGGUCCGGGGCGACGCAGCCUUUAACGCACUGCUCGACACCCUCAACACCAUCCUCCUCCACAAACCCAACAUGACCUCCCAGCACAACAUCGAGUGCGUCCUCACCACCCUUCUCAAGCUGGCCACGCGAAGCAGCCCCCGUCUCUCUCCUGCCCACGCGCCCGCAAUCUACGCUCGCCUCUGCGAAACAGCGCGCCUCGUCCUGCUCCUCCACCGCAGCCGUCUAGGAGGCCGCUUCCACCUCCUUAUCCCGGUCCUCCAGAGCCUCCUUCUCUGUCUCUUCAUCCCAAAUCUAAACCGUGGCGCCGCUCUGCCACCUUGGCUAGACUCCCCUUCGCCCGCGAAUCCGACCCGCCUUACUGCCACCAACGCAGCACAAUACACCCACCUCCUCAGCACGCUCUGCUCACCUACGCAAUCCUCUGUUCAACGCACGCGGAGCGCUACUACCCUCAACGACCCUAUCAAGGCUGCACGCGAAUAUGCAUCGCAGUACGUGUACCCACUGCUUAGCUCGUUCUGCCGAUUCCAGCUGUACGGCAGGCUGGACGCAGAGGUCAGAGAGAAGCUCAUGCCGGGAAUCUGGGAGCUUGUGAGUGUGGGACAGCUGAACAAGGAGGCUAUCGAUGCCAUGUUUGCGGGACUGGGCAGGAGCGAGAGGGAUGUGUGGAGAGGUGUUUGGGGCGAAUGGGUUAGGGUGCAUGGGCGGAAGGAGAGGAAGGUUAAGGAGGAGCGGUGA